CGAGCAACUUGUUAUGAAACAUGAACAUCAUAGCUAACCGCGCAGAAAUGUGACUAAUAAAAGAACAUCGCGCAUAAUAAUUAUGAUGUGCCUACCAUGAUUCUGAUAGCUAUUUGCGCUUUUAUGGCUUCUUGGGUCUGACGAAUUGUGUGUUAUUUUAAAGCUUGCUCUUGAAUGUUUUCGUUGGUCUUCAGUGUUUUUAUGAGUGUUUAUCAUGGCAGACCCGACGAUCCAGACUUUUUGCUGUCACCAUGCGAACGGCACCGAUAUGGCUGUGACUAUAAUGCAAGAAUUCAACACGGAUGCCUACAAUGCGGUAUGCCUCAUUUCCUCUGCUCUGGGAGUAUUCGGAGCAAUCUACCAGAUAUUACCACGAGAACAAUUUUCAAAUCAGCAUAGAUGGCUUUCCUUUUCUGCCAUAAGAGGUCGGAAAAUAAUAGUCUGGUUAGCAGUAGCAGACCUUUUAGCAUCCCUAGGUGUUUUCCUGAGAUCGUCGAUAUGGAUGAACUAUAAGAAUAUAAUGCCAGCUGUAGAUGAUGACUCGAGUGUUUUAUUUUGUGCAGUCUCCUCGGCAUUCACACAGUACUUCUACACAGCCACAUGGAUUUGGACUCUUUGCUACGCUCUAGACAUGAGGAGAAUUUUGGCCCAGAAAGAGAGUCGAAUGAAGUUUUAUCACUUGGCAGCUUGGGUCCUACCAGCCGUAUCCACUACCACUGGACUGUCUUUGUUGUAUUUUCCUGACGCCAAUUGUCACACUUCAUCAUCACUGAAGUCCGCUAUCUUGAGAAUCCUGCCAAACUACAUCGCUACCUACAUCCCAAUAGCUACAAUAAUGGUGGCGAAUCCCUGUUUGUAUCGACAUUCUGUCAAGGACAUGGAGAGAAUAAUAACCACCACUUCAGGGCAAAUCACCAGCAGGGAAAGAGACCUGAUCGAUACCGUGAAACUCAAAUUUUCUGUGAUCAACAUAGUAUUUUACAUUUGUUGGAUGCCCAACUUACUCAACGGUAUCCUGCUGUGGAUCCUGUGGUUUCAUUUGCCUGUCAAAUGUAUCAUCAGCAUUUGGUAUUUAAUGGCAUUACUCAACCCUCUUCAAGCGCUUUUCAAUUGUCUGGUUUAUCGAAGAUGGAGUAGCGGGUCUGAACGAGUGAUUCUGCCCUGGAGGCAGCUCGAAAAAACUGAGCUAUCUCCAAAUAGAACCAGUUCGACUUCGACGUCUGAAGAAGAAACCGUCCGGGAAGAAACGUACCCAUUGCUGCAUAGUGCACCAACAAAUAGUGUGAAUUUGUAUCAAAGUAUAGAAUAAAAUA